AUGCAGCGAACAAUGCACCCGGCGCUCAGUGUGGACCCGAACAACACUCGAGCACUGUUUCGACGUGGCUGUGCCUACAGCAACGCCAAAGGCUGGCUUCUGGCUCGAAAAGACUUCGAGCAGGUGCUUCGGCUGGAGCCCAACAAUGAGGCAGCGCGCCGAGAGUUGGAGAAGCUCGAGGAGGCGCUGCCGCCUGCGGCGCCAGAUGUGGUGGCGAGGAGGCAAGAACAACUGCCGGCUGCUACGGUGCCGCAUGAUGCAGAAUCUGCUGUGAGGAUGGCACAGAAGGAAGCCGAGCGUUUCCGCAGGGAGAUUCUCGCUGUGGCAGACAAGCAGGGUGCCGUGCCAGGGUGGUGCAAGAAAUUUAACAAAGUCCAGGUGAUGACUGCAGAAUGGGCAAAGCACCAGCUAAAGGAUCCAGAGAUCUUACAGGACCUGCUGAUCUUGCGCGGGCCGCUUUUCCAGGCCAUGAACGACCAACAAAGGGAGGACUUCUUGUGCGCAUAUGACUUUGUCCAGGAGGUCAGGCAGAGGCACCAAGAUGAGAUCGAUCAGCUGUUCAAAAAUUGA